AGUCCAGUGUGUGACUCAUCUACUUCCCAGAGUCGUAAUAAAAACACCAUCACUGCCAAAGAAAAUGACUUAACACAGAAGGAAAACAGGAAAAAGCUUCAUUAUCACUCGCAGAUGGAGCCUUCUUCGAGUAACUGUAUUUCAGUUGAUGAACAGUCGGGGUUCUUGCAGAAAAAACUAAGUCCUCCCUCUCAGCAGAAAGCUGACGAAUGUAAAGCUAUGGACAAACCCCAAGUUAAUGUUGCUGAACCAAUUCAGCUGGACACUCAAAUGGAAUUGGAACAUUCUGGAUCUUCCCAGAUGUUAUUGGGUCUUCCUUCUCCGCAUAAAACUGCUAUUAAAAUAUCACGUUUCAACGAUUCUGAAGCACUGCGUAAUCCAAUUCAGCCAGAGGCUGAAAACGGAAUCGAUGCCACAAAAGAGGAACAUGAUAAGAUGAAGGAUGAUACCACAACUGAUGAACAAGAUGAACCUUACUUUCUUACCGAUAAACCAUACUUUCACUGCAUUCUUGCGAAAACACAACUCUUUAACAUGGGGAUACCUAAAUCUGUCAGUCAACUACUUCCAGAAGAAGAGGUUCCAGUCGUUCUUUCCUACCAAAACAAAACCUGGAGAAUGAAAUUUUGCGGCAAUCGUUCAGUCAAAAGAUUUGAUCCAAGCUGGAAAUAUUUUGUUCAGGAUAACAACCUCAAAGUCGGAGAUGGGUGCGUCUUUGAACUCACAGCGCAUAGCAAUGAAUGCAUUAAGUUCAGAGUUCAAAUUCUUGAUGGUGAUAUCCCUUGCGAGUUCCUUGAUCGAGUCGAGGGUGAGACUAUAAAUCAUCCAAUUGUUAUAGGCCUUGAAUAGAAAGGAAGAAGAAAAUAUCUCUGUAAGCCUGUGUUUUAGUGUUAGGGAGACAAUGAGGCUAGAAAAAUGAGGUAGUACUAUUUCUCGGAAUCACUGUAUUUCUAGAAUGCAAGUAUCCUUUACAUUAUUUACUAUAGUAUAAUAUUUACACAGUGAUCUCCAAGUCUCGUGAUCAGGGAAAUGAAGAA